AUGGACGUUGCUGCCAUAAUUUCGUGCCUCAAGGAACUUUUUGAAGGAAAUGCUCGACAUGAGAGGUAUAAGGUGUCGAGUGCAUUGUUUAGAAGUCGUAUGACUGAGGGAGCCCAAUCACUACCUGAUUCUUUUUCACCGUUGAUAAUGAACUUUAAUAUGAACACGAUGGUGAAAUCCCUGUUAAAGCUUCUGAACAUGUUGAGGAUUGCAAAGCAGGACAUGAAAAAGUGCAAGCGUGUUUUACUGGCUAUUGCCAGUAAAGGAAAAGGCUUAUCAAUACAGUGUUGCGUAUUUAAACUUGGACUGUUGAGUAAUGAGAUACCUUUAGCUAACUCUGUUAUGAAAAUGUAUGUUAAAUGUGGUCGACUUGAUAAAGCGCGUCUGGUUUUUAAUGGAAUGGGAGAAAGUUCCAUUAUUUCAUGGGCAAUAAUUAUUGGUGGGUUUGUGAAUGUUGUGAAAGUUGGUGAAGCAUUUGGUGUGUUCAACCAAAUGAGAAGAACUAGUCUGAAACCAAACUUAAUAGUGUUUCUGAAACUCAUUUCGGGUUGUUCACAAGAAGGGAAUUUGUUGUUAGCCUCCUUGGUUCAUUCUCUUGUACUGAAAUGUGGAAGCAAGGAUGAAGAUCCCAUUGACAAUUUGCUGGUCAGCAUGUAUAUAAGAUGUGGUGACCUUGAGUCUUCGCAAAGAGUAUUUGAUAUGGUACAAGAGAAAAAUGUGUUCUUGUGGACAUCCAUGAUUGGAGGGUAUGCUCAGUUGGCUUAUCCUACUGAGGCAUUGAAUCUAUUUAAAAGGUUGUUGAAGACAUUCGUUAGACCCAAUGAAGCAACCAUGGCUACAAUACUUUCAGCUUGUGCUGAUUUAGGAUCACGUGCCAUGGGAGAGGAGAUUGAAGAGUACAUUUUGGUAAACGGGCUAGAGUCUAGUAGGCAAGUUCUGACCUCUUUGAUACAUAUGUUCUCCAAAUGUGGGAGCAUAAAAAAGGCGAAAGAAGUGUUUAAAAGGGUGUCAGAUAAAGACUUGGCUGUUUGGGGUGCUCUGAUAAAUGGCUAUGCCAUUCAUGGGAUGGGAGAUGAGGCUUUUAGUCUCUUUCAUAAGAUGCAACAAGUAGAAGGUAUAAAGCCAAAUGCUGUGGUUUACACAAGCUUAUUAUCGGUGUGCACCCAUUCCGGAUUGGUAGAAGAUGGAUUAAGGUAUUUUCGAAGUAUGUAGAAUGAGUAUGGAAUAGAACCCAGCAUAAAGCAUUAUGUAUGCUUGGUAGAUCUUCUUGGUAGAGCUGGUCAGUUUGAUUUGGCUUUGAAAACAAUCCAAGAGAUGCCUGUCCAAGUACAAGCUCAAGUAUGAGCUCCAUUACUUAGUGCAUGCAAGAAACAUAGCAAUAUUGAGCUGGGAAAACUUGCAGCUAGAAAGUUGAUAAAUUUAAGCCCUCAAAGUACUGACAAUUAUGUUUUAAUGGAAAAUUUGUAUACAUCUGAGGGCAAGUGGAAAGAGGUAGCUACAACAAGAGGCUUGAUAAAUGAUAAACAAUUAGUAAAAGAAGCUGGUUGGAGCCAGGUUGAGAUGGAUGGAUGUGUCCAUGUAUUUGUUGCUGGAGAUCAAUCCCAUCACCAGUCGGUUGAAAUCUACAAGACCUUAAAGGAUCUAAAUGUUAUAAUAUUAGAGGCAGGGUAUGCUGCGAAAACAGACACAAACUUUGAAGAAGAGAAGGAUGUUGUUCCGGUAAAAGAAGAUGAGUUUGACCAAGGACAUUUCAUUAGAAAUGAUGUUGAUCCUAACUUGGUUGAUGCAACAAUUACACAUGUUGGAGAUGAUGUCAAUGUUGAUGUUGAAGAAGAAGAUGAUACGUUGAUUGAUUAUUGUACUGAGAAUGAAAAUGAUUUAAUGAGUGAUUCUGAUAACAACUUCUGA